CUGUCUUGGAAACCUUACCCUGAAGAACGAGUCUUCCCCACCCUGCAAUUUAGGGAAUACAGGCAUGCAGUGUGCAAACAAGCUGAUGAGAGGUUGGCUGUGCAGUCACAGAGCUGUCUUUGCAUUUCUGGACAAAUGCAAAGGUGUUUUUAACACAGAUCCUUUGGAGAAUUUCAAAUUCAUGCUGAUUUUUGUUUCUUUAGGUCUUCUCCAUUGUUAAUCCUUUCACCUUACCACCAAUUCCUGCAACUGCACUUGAAACAGUUCAGUUUCCUUGACCAGCUAGCUAAGUGAAAAUCCCAGAGGAUGCCUGUUUAUGUGCCUAAGCAGAAAAACACCUUUUAAAGUCAGGUUUGCUGUCACUCAGAAACACAAGCUGGGGACUGGGACUGUUUGAAGUAGCUCCAGAAUGACCAGAUCCACAAACUAGCAGCUGGGCCUACAGCACAUCCAAGGGGAAAACAGAUGGCAACUGAUUGAGUUUAUUUUGUUACAUACUGUGGUUUAUGACGUGAGUUUUCAGGCACCUGAGCUUAAUCGUGCCAAGGGGAUGAACGCCCCCUACUUCAGCAGAUGUUAAAGGUGCUCAUUUCCAGUACUGGUCCAUUACAGAAAAAGCUGGGGAGAUGGGGGCGGGGGGGUUGUGAGAGAAGGACUGAAACCCAAAAUGUAGGGAAGAUUCUUGACAAAGUCUUUAUUUAACACUUACUGGCUACUUUCCCAGGAAGGUCUGGAGUUAUUUAAUUAAAUAUCAAUAUUUCUGUAAACAUGAGGGGGAAAGCUAAGUCUGAAAAAAGACAUCCAAGCCACCAAAGAGCUGGGAUUGGGAUCCUCAGUCCACACCAAACAUUGGCAGUCAGGCUGGUGAUGCUACUAGAAUAUGAUUAAGAAUUUCAACAUCUUUCUUAAGGCUUCCUCACAAUGCCCAUCGUUCUCCCCUUCGUUCUCCAAGGGUGCAGCCAGCCCUCUCAGCACAUACCUCCACGCUCCUUACCUCAGUGGUCUACGUGCCGAGUUGUUUCCUCAUUCUUAUUUCUCUUGGACUCUAAAUGUUUCUUCUGGUCUCACAAGGCCUCCAAUGUCUUUUAUUUCACAGCAGGAUGUUAAGGAACCUUUCUUUAUGCCAGUGUUUGUAUGUGGGCAAUGAAUCAAGAGAUGACUAGAAUCCUGACCUAUAAACAAAGUCAACAGAGAUCAGGCUGAGGCCAGCCCCUACAAAAUGACUCUGCAGAUUCUAGCCUGUCCCGAUCAUAACCUGCCCUAGAGGUUAUCUUAAAGGAUUUUGGGAUCUAGGCCAUGAUAGUAUUCAUGGUCUUCUGACUCAUUAUUUUAUACAUACUCUAGAGCAAGUGAAAGAAGAUCUGACUAGCUGGGAGAGGACUUCCAACCUGUACACAGCACUGAAAUGUGAAAACAAUCAAAAUGUACUGAAGCUUAAUCCUUGUAUCACACAAUUUUUGUGAUACAUAAUUAGAGCAAAAUGUUCUGUGAACAAAAAGGCCUCAAUUACAAUUUCUGCAAUUCAGGAGAAGGGAAAGAAGAGCACAAAACUGCAUAUUAUAGAUUCCCGGAACCAAUUCCCACACAUGGGGAAUACUCACUAUUUUCUCACGCAGCCAGCUGUGCCUAGUAGGCUCUUCCAGCCAAACUCCUGCUGACUGAGACCGAGAUAUCCAUUUCUCACUGCUCCAUGUUUCAGGGCCAGCCAGGAUUUGCAGAAAUCUGUUCCAUUAUUCCCACAAUCAAACACAUAAUGACAAGCAAAUCCCACCGUAUUCAGUGUGUAACCUGCUAAAUCAGUAAGACUGGGUUUAAGCUCUAUCUUUGGAAUAUGACUUUAGAAGCAGAAGAAAUGUCACCUAGAAGACGUACACAUUUCCCUGGACUCAGCUAAGGUGCAGGAUUCUCCAGGGCCAUCCAGAGAUUUGUGCACAUCUUUCAGGAUAGUAGUAUUUUUUUUUUUGGCUCUAGCUUCCCAGGUAGUGUCUACAUAUCAUUUCCCUAUAUAAGCCUUUUAUUUUAAUUUUUAUAUCCCAGUGUCUUAGGACUUCUGGAAGGAUAACUUUCUUCUUGACUGGCUGUGGUUCAAAUCAACAGAUUUGUGAUGCCACUGAACUUUCUGUGAUUUUUUUCUACACAAAAAAGGUCAAACUUACAGAAAAACUGGAAGUAUGCCUGUUGAAAAUCUGUACAGUAGGUACCUUUAUGACAGAUUCUUGGAAAAUAACUAUUGAUUAUUGUUGACAUUACUUUUAAUUCCCACAGAUGAUAUCUGGAUCUUUUCUCCAACUGAACAGGAAUUAAAACAGUAUGAUCCAAGUAGCAAAAUACCAUUCAAAACAAGCAAAGAAGCAAUAGAGGUGAAAAUCCCACAGAGUCACCAGGAUGUGAUGCCCAACGAUGAGCAGUAAUUACUGCAGCAACACUUCAGCCAGCAUGAGUGUCAAUGAAAUGUCUGCCUUCCCUCUGACUUUAGAGCAAAAAACUGGCUUUGCCUUUGUGGGGAUUUUAUGUGUUUUCUUGGGACUUCUAAUAAUCAGAUGCUUCAAAAUCUUGCUAGACCCUUACAGUAGCAUGCCUUCUUCUACGUGGGAAGAUGAAGUUGAGGGGUUGGAUAAAGGGACAUUUGAAUAUGCUCUUGCAUGAAAACUCACCAGAAUAUCCUGCCUUAAAUUUGAUGUUGAUUUCAUUUUGGAAACCAACUGUUGCUACAUUUGUUAUACAUACCUACAUUUUGCAGAUAUGCUGGUGGCAUUCAUUUUGUUAAAUAAAUAUUUGUUGCAAACUCAAAAGGCACUUCAGGUUGCUUUUCUUUGAGGAAUAGAGGAAUGGCUG